CAGCUCGCGAACGAACGGUGGACGGUCCUCAUUCCUCGCCAGACGCCUUGCCUCACACUUUACAUCCGGCCCCUGUCGCGGCCGUGCAGCCUGCACUAGCCCAUGAUGGACACCAUGCACAGCGAGGCGGACCAAGGCCACAACCUCUACCAUAUUCGUGACCGCGUGGUCAGAAUGAAGGCGCACCUUCGCUACGUGCAGGGGCUUUGCUCGCUUCAUACCCAACCUUCGGAUCCGUUCAUUUCAGAACUGGAUGGAUGGCUCGACGCCGUCAAGUCGUGCGUGCAGAUCUUAGAGGACCGUCACUCCAGCAGGUCGUUCGUGUUUGCAAUGUAGCGAACCAGAUGACUGCUAUCCUUAUUCGUUGAUCUCAGGACUUUUGCUUUUUAGUUGGGCUUAGCGUUAAACGCUAUAUACCCGGGCAGUGAUGACCGGUCGAAAAGCGUUAUUUAUUCACAUAAACACAUGUAGCAAUACUUACAGUGGGCUAUUUCCACACAGC